AUGGCACGGGCUGCGCAGGGCCGGACGGCGGGCUGGGGCCUGGCCCUGCUGCUGCCGCCCCUGCUGCUGCUCGGCCUCGGGCUGCCCCUGCAAGCCGCCCCGGUGACGGCGGGGUCCUGGGCUCAGACCCCCGGCUCCAGCCCAGGAUCGUGCCCGCCCUCCAGCUUCCAGUGCCGCACCAGUGGCUACUGCGUGCCCCUCACCUGGCGCUGUGAUGGGGACCAGGACUGCUCUGAUGCCAGCGACGAGGAGGAAUGCCGGAUCGAGCUGUGCGCCCAGAACGGGCAGUGUCCUCCACCUGCCAGCCGCCCCUGUUCCUGCGACAACAUCAGCGCCUGCCAGGGCAGCAGCCACCAUCAGAACCUGCUCAAUUGCAGCCGCGCGUCCUGCCCGCCCGGGGAGAUCCGCUGUCCCGUGGGCGAAGCCUGUAUCCCCCACAGGUGGCGCUGCGAUGGCCACCCGGACUGUCCCAACGCCAGCGAUGAGCUGGGCUGCGAGAUGGGCAACACCCUCCAGGAGCGGAAUGACAGCAUUGCGGGCGCCCCUGUGACCCCAGCCACCAUCCCCUCUCUCAGGAAUGUCACAGCCGCCCCUGUCGGGUCCCAGGCUGGAAACCCAAGUGCCUAUGGGCUUGUGGCCAUUGCCGUGGUGCUGGGCGCAGGCUUGGCCGCUGCCGCCCUCUUCAUGGUGUCCCGACUGCGAGCCCAGGGGCGGCUGCCCCCGGCGGGACUGCUGGUGGCCGUGAAGGAGAGACUGCUGCUUUCCAGGCCCAAGAACUUGCUGCUUUGACCAUGGACUCUUGGCAUGUGCCACGCUGGUGGCCCUAAUAUGGGCACGUGGCGUACAGCCAGGCCAGUGGGGGGGUGCCCCGUUCACUCACCCACGCUCACGCAGGACCCCGGGACCCAAGCUCCUGCAGACCUGAGGUUCCGGACCACGGCCAGAGCCGAGCUGAUGCUGUGAUGGGUGAGCCGGCUCCAUGCCCGGACACUCCGGCUUUGCCCGCCAAGGGCGGUGAUUAAACUUGGUUCGCAGUGUCUGGCUGCCUCUGGGCUUCUGUCUGCCUUGGCUGGGGUGUCCCGCUGCAGGGCUCCCACCCCCCCUCAUGUACCAUGCACAGUCUAGAAAGUGGGGGCAUUUGGGAACCCCCCCACC